AUGGAGUUGGAAGCAGCCUUGGCUUCCGCCGAUGGCACAGCCCAGGCCUGGAACGAGGUCUACCAGCACCCCCGGCGAUUUGGGGCAUUCGCCAAGCGCUUCCGACUCGUCCAAGGCCUGGAGCAGCGCGCGCUGCAGGCGCUGGCGCUGAGCACGGCUCCGGCUUCGGGUUUGGUUCCGCCGGACUGCGGCUUGAGCCCCGCUGCGGUGAAGCGCUACGUUGCGGCAUGUGGCGUGGAUGUGGACGUUGGAGUGGGGAGCCUCGUUUUGGCGCUGAAUGGGUUGGAAGGGGUGACCACUCUGAGCUCUUGCAGUGGAGUCCAUGUCGGGGCUCACGAGGAAGAAGCGUUGGUCGCCUUCACUGCAGGACCUGAGGUGCUCCUGGCCCUGCGAGAGCAGCUCGGCGAUCAUCUUCGAGAGUCCCGGGACGAUGUGGUGCGCCCAAAAGGUCGCAGACCGCAAGCCUUCCGCAGCUACAUCGCGUUUUCUCGUGCCAACUUGGCGGACGGACGGCCUGAUGCGCAGCAACGGCUGAAAGACAUGGGGAUGCUGGCCCGAAGAGUUGAGAAGCUGGUCACAGGUUCUCGGGCCUCGGCUUCCAAGCCAAAAGGCCUCGCGCUUUGCCGGGGCGAGCUGGGGCAACUGCAGGCGCAAUGGUCGAGCAGCGCCUACGCGCUCGGCCAAGUGCUCAGAAGGGAGGAGUUGGAGGAGAUCCGGGAUGAGCUGAUUUCUGAUCUAAAGGGCCUUCAGCCGGUAGAGACGCAGCAUACGGUGGCGCUAGUCCUUCCCCUUGCCUCCGGGCAGCUCUGCCGGGCGUUGCAGAGGCUAAAGGCGACCAUCGAUGAGCUGACAAAGUUUAUUGCGCAGAUCACUGGCUGUCACAGCCUGAAGCUGGUAACCUCGGCGUUGGUGGCUGUUCCCCCGGACGGCUACGUGCUUCCCCAGAGCUUCGCUGGGCACACUGAUGCCUCUGUAGGCUUUGCCUUGUUUCUCACAGAGGACUGGUGGAGUGAAUCCGAUGGUGGUGUGGUGGAGCUCUUUCAGCGGAGCGGGAAAGUUGCAGCGAGCGUUGUGCCCAAAGCAAGCUCGGUGCUUGUGUACAAGGCCCACGCAUGCGCUAUCACUCGAGUUCUUUCGGAGAACGCGCCUCACCUUGCCAUCUACGGGAUCUUCCAGCCAGAGCAAACAGAAAGAGAUGCGAAACAGGACCGCAGCUCGUCUCCCUUCAAAGUCGUCAGCUUGCAAGCGGAGUCCAAGGACGAGUGUGGCGAGAGCCUGGCCAGCAUCGUCUCUGCUCAGCACCUGGGCCAGGCUGCUGCGUACCGUGCCCGGUUUGAGGAUGCCAGCACGCUGAGUUUGCCGGGAUUCCUCCAGUCACAAUUCGCCAGGUAUGUGACCUCAGCGCUGAGCGGCAGUAGUCGUGGCUGGAAGUUGGUGGGCCCAGUGCAAGUGAGGCGUUGCUUUGAGCUGCGCUCCAGAUUUGCAUCGGAUCGCCGGGCCCGCCGGGCUCGACGUGCGUUGCUUCGAGUGGCCAAGGCAUUGGCGUCCGACGGCUUCAUGCGAUAUUUGGAAGCGCUGACGGGGGUCAGGAGAUCUGGAGACGGCACGCUGCGGAUUCGGUGCUUCCGGCCAGGAUUCGAUUACGACAGGCCGAGCUUGCUGGAAUUCUCCCAGCUGGAUGUGGUGCUUAGCUUUACGAGCGCGAUCCCCCGAUCACAAAGACUGGGCGGCGCGGAUGUGUAUGCAGAGGGCGAUGCUCCCACCGGAGCCACGGAUUUCGCCACCGGCCGCAGCGAGGCAGCCCAAAGACAGGCGGCACAAGUCGUCCGGCACGCAAAGAGCGGCGACGCGGCAGAGGAGCCCGAGGCCAAGGCGAAGGGCAGGGUGCCGAGGCCACCGGAGCCAAAGGAGGAGGACCCCUACGCCUUCUUCGUGCCCGCGGUGGUCUUCUUCCUCUACCUGGGCUUUGGCACCAUCUACUCUGCAGAGUAUUUUAUGCCCAUGGGCGACGUGGGGGGCAAGAUUGCAGUGGGCUUCGGAGUGCUCUUCGUGCUCAUCGUCUUGGGAGUGACCUUGAAAGAAGUGAUGCAGAAGAAGAAGUCGACUUCUGAGUCAGAGAGCGAGUCUGACAGCGCAGAGUCGUCCUCUUCUUCCAAGCCCAAGAAGAAGUCUUCCAAGGCAACCAAGGCAGUUGCAACAAAGAAAGCGAGCAGAAAAGAAGCAGAGGAAAAGAAGAGCAAGUCAAAGAAAAAGGCGAAAGACGACAGCAGCGAAGAUGAGAGCGAAGAUGAGAACGACGAGGAAGAAGAGGAGUCGGACCGGAAAUCCGACAAGAAGGCGAAGCGCCGCAAAAGCAAGGAGCGACGGCGGAGCCGAAGCAGAGAUCGGCGACGGCGGGAUGACAGCAGAGGAGGGAAGCGAGCUGCCGUGCCAGGCUAUCCGAUGCCCUAUGGCAUGCCAGGCUACGUGCCAGUGCCCUAUGGUGCACCCCCGUGGGGCCCUUACGCAGCGCAGUACGCCAUGGGGCGUGGACCUCCUGGAGACUAUAGCCAGACCAGCCGCGCCCUGGACCGCGACAAGCCCCGGGACUGGCGGGGCCGGGACUUCGGGGCCUUCAACGGGCGCGACGACCGCGACCGGGUGAAGUGGGUCCCAGGCCAGGGCCGGAACCCCGACCUGGAGGCGGAGAAGUUGACAGGUGCGCCUUUGGCAAGGAAUUAUAGCGAGCACGAUGAUAGAUGA